GAACCUGACCCCGUCAGCCCUGCAGAAGUACAAGCAGCUGAACAGGGGCAUGAAGAAGACCGAGCGCGAGCAGUGGGUGCGCAAGCUCUACAGUGAGGCAAAGGCGAAGCGCGAGAAGGCGCAGGUCGAGACGUCCACCGAGCGAGAGCGGGGCGCGAUGACGAACCUGGACUCGAUCAUUCGCGAG